CGUCGCGGCGCGGCGCUUACUGGGGGCCCGGCUUUCGCCCGCUGCUGCCGCCGCCGCCGCCGGCCGCGGCUGCUCUCCCAAGAUGGCGGCUCCUCCGGGCGAGUACUUCAGCGUUGGGAGCCAGGUGUCGUGCCGGACGUGCCAGGAGCAGCGGCUGCAGGGCGAGGUGGUAGCCUUCGACUACCAGUCCAAAAUGCUGGCUUUAAAAUGUCCCUCUUCCAGUGGAAAGCCCAACCAUGCAGACAUCUUGCUCAUAAACUUACAGUAUGUUUCAGAAGUGGAAAUAAUUAAUGACCGAACAGAAACCCCUCCUCCCCUAGCUUCACUCAAUGUUAGUAAGCUUGCCAGCAAAGCACGGACAGAGAAGGAGGAGAAGCUGAGCCAGGCCUAUGCAAUCAGCGCUGGUGUCUCCCUAGAGGGCCAGCAGCUCUUCCAGACCAUUCACAAGACCAUUAAAGACUGUAAAUGGCAAGAAAAAAACAUCGUAGUCAUGGAAGAAGUUGUUAUUACACCCCCAUAUCAAGUGGAAAACUGUAAAGGCAAAGAGGGGAGUGCACUGAGCCAUGUACGCAAAAUAGUUGAAAAACAUUUUAGAGAUGUGGAAAGCCAAAAGAUACUGCAGCGUUCACAAGCCCAACAACCACAGAAGGAGGCUGCUCUGUCAUCCUGAGUCCACACACAUGGAGGACUCUUCCAGCAUCCAGCCAAGGAGGCAGUGGUGGUGGCUUCAGCGGAGGCAGGCCGGGGGAGGGAAGGGAUCCUAUAUUUCCUGUUGGCUCUUGUUAACAAAGGGUCAGCAUUUCCAAAUCUUAGACUUGAACAAACAAAACACCCAACAAAAAAGAACAAGAGAAUAAUUUAAAAGUUGAAUCAUUACUUGACUAACAGACUUUGGUCCACCAUGUCCUUUUCACAGCCCCCUUCUGGAACAGUCACCUUGUUAAUUUUAUUUUUGAAAAUUCCUUUCCGGCUCUGCCCUUUGACUUCUGACUUUCCUUUCCUAGUCUGUUCCUGCCAUUCUGUUUUUAUAAGUGGCUACACUUGCCUUCUGAAUGAUCGAAAGAAACUUUUACAUCUUUUCUUCCAAAAUAAAAGUAACAAGCUGACUGUGAUUCUUAAGUUGAGACCUGAGCAGCAGACGGUGGUCUCACUUUAAAUUUUUCUUUUUUUUUUUUUUUUUUCUUUAACUUUUUUUUUCUUUUUUGCACAGGGCAUGGCUUGAAUUAGUUUUAUUUUUCUUAACUUUAAAUAUAUAUAUGAAAAUAUAUAUUAAAAUGUUCUCUAAAUAUUUUCUGCUUCUUGCAGGUCUCUUUUUACUAGAUCAUGGCCGUUCUUCCCACCUCAUCCCUCUGGAAAAAAAAAUGUGUUGCCCUUUCCACCACCCGUAAUAGCCAGGACAACUAACUUGACUUAGUUACAGCAAGAAUCUCCUGCAGCACUUUGUAGAGCCCGUGUGUGCAGAUGGGAUUUGGCUUUAAGGGUUCCUGAUAGCUUUUCAGUCUUUAUGUAUGUAACAGUCUCACGUUUGGCCCCAGCCUCAGGACUCUCCCUCUGCCUUUGUUGUACUUCAUGGUACUAGAAGAUCCUCUUCGCCACUCUCCACGUGGGAGAGUCAGCUGCCCUUCCUCCUGUGCCUCUGCAAGCAGAGAACUGCUUGCAUGGCACAUCUCAGCUCUUCCUCCUUGAGGGAUGAUUUUCUUUUCUAAGAAACAUGGAGUCUGUCUACCUGACCUCUCUUAAAAUCUAUAUUCAGAACCUCUAGCCCAGGAAAAAGCUUGGGUGACCUCUAGUUUCUCUUCUCUUGUCAUCUUCCUGCUCUUCUGCCCUGCCUCCACCCCCUGAAAUUUUACAAGCUAUUGAUAGUUUGUAUGCGCUCAGCCAAUGGGCAGAAAACCUGGAAAGAAUUUCUGGACUUUAGCCCACCAGUUUGUCUGGUUUGACUAACCUGCUGAGAACUGAAAGUGGCACUUAUCCCUGGGCCUUCAGGGUGGUCUCAUGGGACGAGUGCUACCAGAUGAAUAUCAGGCACUGAGUGGGAUGUGGGUGAUGCUCAUGUGACUGGCUAGAGCUUUGGGGGUGGGGUGGGGGUUAACUACUAUUUUUUUGGCCAUGAUCUCUUUCCCCUUCCCUUUUUUUUUUAAUUAAAUAA